UGUAUUUCUUUAUUUUAUUCUUCCCCGAACUCUCGAUCAACCCUUAAAGCCCCAAACUUUUUCGCUAAAUCAUUCACCUUUUUCAAAUUAGGGUUUCAGAAAUCUUGUUCAAUUGUUUCUCUAACGAUUUCCGGGUGGAGAAAAUGGCUCAAGCUGUUGAAGAAUGGUACAAGCAGAUGCCAAUCAUCACCCGCUCCUAUCUCACAGCCGCAGUGGUCACAACCAUCGGUUGCUCCCUCGAUAUAAUAUCUCCUUAUCAUCUUUACUUGAACCCUAUGCUUGUGGUUAAGCAAUACCAGUUCUGGCGCCUCAUAACCAACUUCUUGUACUUCCGGAAGAUGGAUUUGGACUUCAUGUUUCAUAUGUUCUUUCUUGCCCGCUAUUGCAAGCUUCUGGAAGAGAACUCCUUCAGGGGAAGGACUGCAGAUUUCUUUUACAUGCUCUUGUUUGGUGCUACUGUCUUAACAGGCAUUGUUCUUGUUGGAGGAAUGAUACCAUAUCUGUCUGUGUCUUUUGCAAAAAUCAUAUUCCUUAGCAAUUCAUUGACAUUCAUGAUGGUUUAUGUGUGGAGCAAGCAAAACCCUUAUAUCCAUAUGAGUUUUCUGGGUCUUUUUACCUUCACAGCAGCUUACCUGCCAUGGGUGCUGUUGGGAUUCUCUGUCCUUGUUGGUGCCAGUGCAUGGGUGGAUCUCUUGGGAAUGAUAGCUGGUCAUGCCUACUAUUUUCUUGAAGAUGUAUAUCCACGAAUGACCGGUCGCCGACCUCUUAAAACUCCAUCCUUCAUUAAAGUACUAUUUGCAGAUGAGGCUGUAGUAGUAGCCCGUCCUGCAAAUGUGAGAUUUGCUCCACCCGCAGCAGAGGAAGUUCCUCAAGAUUAAUCCGUACAUUGUAUGAGUUUGUGUACAUGUCACGUUGCUGCCGGUACAGCUAUGCGGAUUUAAAGAUGUGGGGUUGUAUAAUUUAUCUAGACUCAGCAUUACUAGUUAGUUAAACUUAGAAUGGAUGCUGUUUUGUGCAAUCUGUCACGAUCCAUACCUUCUGGCAACCACAUGUUUACACGAUCAACUAUUUCCUCCCUUUUCUUUUUCUUUUGAGCAUGGGACUUGACAACGCCAUCUUCUUUCCUCUUUUCCCCUUUUCCUUUUUGAUUACAAGGCAGAAUUAAUUCUAGCCUUUCCAGGCUAUAGACUACAUGCUCGUGAACUUGUUCGGUUACCCAAGAAAGCAGGCAUACAACAACUCGGCCAUUGUAAUUUGUGUUGUGAGAACCCGAGAAAUUUAAGA